AUGACAACCUCAACACUUACCUGCUCAAAUAACAAAGAGAAUAAUGUAGAAGACUUCCAUUCAAAAUCUUCAAAACUCGAAAUAGAUGGAGACUCAAAACAGAUCAAUUCUUCUACAAAAACAAUUUCAUUUCCUUUACCAUUAGAAACCGAGAAGCCAACUAAAAUAUUAGAAUGUGAUGAAAAGACGCCAGAUGCGCAUGUUCCGAGAGAUAGCAGACUAAUUAGACUUACGGGAGUUCAUCCGUUCAAUUGUGAGGCACCACUCAGCGUAUUAUAUGAUAGUGGAUUUCUUACACCCACAGAAUUAUGGUAUGUACGUAAUCAUGGAGCUGUACCAGAAGUACUUGAUUCUGACAUCUUAAAUUGGGAAUUUAGAAUAGAAGGAAUGGUUGAAAAACCGAUUACACUUAAACUGGCUGAACUUUUGACAUUUAAUCAAAUUACAAUUCCUAUAACAAUGGUAUGUGCAGGUAAUCGACGAAAAGAGCAAAAUGUGGUACGAAAAGGAAAUGGAUUUAAUUGGGGAAGUGCAGGAGUCAGCACGGCUUUAUUCACAGGAGUUCUGAUAAAUGAAGUAAUUAAAUUGGCUCAGCCAAAACAUACUGCAAAAUACAUGUGUAUGGAAGGCGCUGACAAACUUCCAAAUGGUUAUUAUGGAACAAGUAUUCUACUUUCAACUGCAAUGAAUCCUGCUAUGGGUGUUAUACUGGCUCAUAAGAUGAAUGGUGAGUCAUUAGCACCGGAUCAUGGUCGACCUUUACGAAUUGCUAUACCAGGCCAAAUCGGUGGACGAAGCGUUAAAUGGUUAAAACGAAUAAUUAUUACAGAAGAACCCAAUGAUAAUUGGUAUCAUAUAUAUGAUAAUAGAGUUUUACCGACAAUGGUAACACCAGAAAUAGCCGCUGAAAAUAAAUCUUGGUAUAAUGAUGAACGAUAUGCUUUAUAUAAUCUUAAUGUACAGAGUGUCAUAUGUUAUCCUGCUCAUGAAGAAACUGUCAAAAUCGAAGAAAACAAACCUUAUAAUAUUCGAGGAUAUGCUUAUAAUGGUGGUGGAAUACGAAUUGGCAGAGUCGAGAUCUCACUCGAUCAAGGUCGUACAUGGCAACUGGCAAAGAUUGAUUAUCCCGAAGAUCUUUACAGAAAAGCCAUACAUACACCUCAACUGUUCUGUGGAAAAUUAGAUAUGCCAAACAGAGAACUAUGUUUUUGCUGGUGUUUCUGGAAUAUCGAAGUUCCUAUUAUGAAACUUUCUCAGGCAAAAGAUAUUGUUGUUCGAGCGAUGGAUGAAAACAUGAAUAUUCAACCUCGAGAUAUGUAUUGGAAUGUUCUUAGUAUGUUGAAUAAUUGUUGGCAUAGACUGACUGUAAGUAAACAAGAGAAUAGUAACGUUUUAAAAUUCGAUCAUCCAACAGUGCCAGCUUUAACUAAAGGUGGAUGGAUGGAAAAAGUCAAGGAAGAAGGUCGUGAACUUACAGAUGGAUUUUGGGGUUCUGGAUCAGUAGUAGCAACAGAUCACUUACAAGAAAGAAAAUUGUCUACUAUUAAAAUGUUUGAUGAAUCCAUUACACGUGAAAUCACUGAAGAGGAAUUAUCAAAGCACAAUAAAGAUGGUGAUGCAUGGAUUGCCGUUAAUGAACAUGUUUAUGAUGUUUCUAAGUAUUUAAAAGAUCAUCCUGGUGGAGUUGAUUCAAUCGUUUUAGCUAGUGGAAUGGAUUCUACUGAUGAUUUUAUGACUAUUCAUAGCGAUCAUGCCAAAAAUAUGUUAAUUAAAUAUCAGAUUGGUAUUCUUAAAACAAAUACGACGAAAAAAAAUAAUCAGACCGAUGAAAUAAAUGCAAAUACACAACGAGAUAUUUUUCUAUCUCACAAACAAUGGACAAAAGCUACUUUAAAGCAAAAAACGGAAGUGAAUCAUGAUUCUGUAUAUUUAACGUUUGCAUUGGAGCAUUCUAAUCAAAAGUUAGGAGUGCCAAUUGGUAAGUAUUUCUACAUGCGUUGUACGUCUCAAUCAAACGAAAAAGUCAUAAGAUCUUAUACACCCAUUUCUGAAACCGAUCAACUGGGAGAAUUUGAUUUGGUCGUUAAGUUGUAUAGAGCGUCUGGCAAACGAUCAGCAGGAAAGAUGUCUGCUUGUAUUGAUUUACUUAAAGAAGGCGACACAGUUGAAUGCAAAGGACCAUUUGGUGACUUCGAAUAUCAAGGUAACGGAGUUAUUUUGAACAAAGGCGUCACAUAUAAGAUCGAAAAGCUCACUAUAAUUGCUGGUGGGAGUGGUAUCACUGGAAUUUAUCAGAUUUUUCGACAGGCAUGUAGAGAUGGUAUCGAAUGUGAACUUAUAUAUUGUAAUAAGACGGAAAAAGAUAUUCUUAUGCGUAAAGAACUUGAUUCUUUACAACAUGUACAUUAUUGUCUCACACGUCAAAGAGACGACUGGACUGGUCUUCGAGGAUACAUUUCUUCAUCCUAUUUUAAACAUGUACACGAUGGUUUAUUGUUGUGUUGUGGACCACCUGAAAUGAUGGACAAUAUAUACAAGACUGCAGUGAAGGCUGGCUGGAACGUACAUGAACAAUUUAUUCGUUUUUAA